AUGGAGUCCAAAGGGAGCAUCCGAAGUGGAAACAAAGCCGACUCCAAGACUGCCAGCUCAGGAAAACCUGAGAAACCCAACCCCGCUCCUUCUGCAACUGCUGAUAAGAAAGAAGCACCUUCAAAGGAGCAGCCAGCUCCCACCAUCCCAGCAAAAAAGGGAGCACCAGCUACAAAUGAGGCAAGCAUGCUCAAUGACCACAGCAACAUAAAGCCCAGUCCUGCAGCCUCCGAAGGUGCUGAAGGAGCCCCUCAUACUCCUGCUGACUCUGAGCACAAAGGGAACAACGCAGAGGAAUCGCCAGGCAGUAGCAUCUUUGAGAACAUGAAGCCUCUGAUCAUCUUUGGAGGAGUGGCAGUGGCGGCUAUUGCGGUGAUUGUAGGCGUGGCCAUCCUAGCCCGAAAAAAAUGA